UAUUUAGGACGAGGAGCGCGAGUGGGUGGACACCGAGCUUCACUUCACCGCCUUUCCAGCGCAGCGGGAGAUGCACGAGGACCGACACACCUCCAGCUCAGGAACAACAACCCCGUCAAACACCAUGACGACCAACAGACCCUUCUUCGGGGGGUUCCUCGCAGCCUUCCGAGCCCAGCCCGCGCUCCAGAAAGCCGCAAACUCGCAGGCAGCUUCCGUCGCCUCAUAUUCCCACAACGCCACAUCCUCGCAGACCCAGAACCGUGAGGCGUCAACACCAUCAACACGCACAAUAACUGCAAAAGCGCGGUCACCCUCCCCUGGUGCAAACAACGCGUCAGUACAAGGGACCAACCACUUCCAACCGACACGGCAACAUGCACCGCCCUACCACCGCUCCACAUCACCCACGGCGAAAGCCUUCCCGAUACCAGGCGCUUCACAAAGAAACAGACGAGGAUCAGACAGCUCCUCGGAGGGCUUUCACGAGGUCAUGGGCGCGGAGAAGUGGUACAUCGGCGGGCGGACGGCCACAGGCGAAGAAAGAUUCUACAAGCUGGGCAUGGUGAAGAGGCAUAGAGAGUGCAGAUCGGUUGAGCUUGGACAAGCUCAGUAUAUAACACGGGCCCUCGCUGUUCCGAAAAUCAUGACUGCAUCGCUGGCGUUUUGGGAUUUGUUUCUGGUAGGUACACGGCUCUGUCACUUCAAGGCCCCUUUUAGAUAACACAUGGACAAAGUCAGGUCCUUCUGUUGAAUGUACUCCUAUAUUCGGGCUUCACAGCUCGCACUUUCCGCACAGACUUCUUGGGCUCCAACAUGGGUGAACUAUCGACCAGGCCGUAUUAGCACAUGA